GGCUGCUUCACGCUGCCCGAAGGCCGGGGGCGCGCGUGACUCUCGUCCGCAGUGCGAGGGGUGUGCCUCCCGCAGCCCAGGGCGCGGAAGCGGGAGGACGCCCGGGGCUGGGAGCCGCUGCUCUCGCUUUCUGGCCGUCGCGCACGUCCUCCCGGGAGGCGUCCCGUGACCGGCGCGAUGAGCGCCAACGAGGACCAGGAGAUGGAACUGGAAGCAUUACGUUCUAUUUAUGAAGGAGACGAAAGCUUCCGGGAAUUGAGUCCAGUUUCAUUCCAGUACAGGUGUCACCCCACAGAUUACUUCUUAAUUACAAAACGGAAAAGAUACCUUUACAUUGAAGAGAUUUGGAGACUAUCACCUUAACCAAGUGAUCAAGCUUAGUAUCACCAGUGACGAUUCCAGAAGAUCUUAUGUGCCUCCUUAUGUGAUGCUAUGGGAAUAUACCACAGCACCUGCACAGUAUCCUUACCAAAAUAUUUAAUCGGACUUGGAAUAGAAGAAACAAUCAGUCCUGAUCUGGGAACAUUAUACAAGAAAACUGCCCUCGGUUAUUUUUGUCAUGAAACAUAUUUAAAAGGCAGACAGGGUGGCUGGGUACUGUUCUAAAUUAAAGCAGGAUUUGAAAUUUGGCAGCCAAAUGUAAUCCAUGAUCCUUAAUGGAUUACAGAUUUACGGGUUGAGGAGGUGGUUCAUUAAAGACACUUUAGAUAUGAUUGGGGAACUUUUUAGAUGGAUUACGAAUUAGAUGAUAUUUCUGUAUCAAUGUUGAAUUUCUUGGGUGUGAUAAUGGUAGUGUGGUUAUAAAGGAAAACGUCCUUGUUUUUAGGAUACUCUACCCAAUAAAUAUUUCAGGACGUUUUACCAUGUCUUACUUUCAAAGAGUUCAACAAAAAACAAAGGAAAACAAGCCACCCGCCUGGGGCCAGGGGUUGGUUCUGUAGUGGAAAGGAAGAAAGGGAAAUGGAUGGAAGCAGAGGUAUUUGGUGAAUAAGGUACAUGUCAAGGAGCGCUCGUCAUCUUAUUCUAGUUUCUCUGCGAGAUUAACAUUUUUCCAAGUGAAAAGUAGGGGCGAGCAAAAGAAAUAGAAAAGACAUCUUUAUUCAGGUGAAGGGGGUCAAAAGUUACAGACUUCCAGUUAGAAAAAAGUAAGUAAGGGAAAUGUAACGUUCAGCAUGGUGACUCUAGUUCAUAGUAUCGUAUUAUAUAUUUGAAGGUUGGUAAGAGAGUAGAUCUUGAAAGUUCUCAUCCAGCCUAAGGCAUUCCUAAACCUUAUCUCUUUGCCUUUUUUCUCUGAAUUUUACAUUUCAUUUUCUGGUCUCUUGGAAUUGGGCUAAUGUGUAUCAAUUCACUUGUUCUUGAUGCCUCUUAUGAUGUGGCAAUUAGAAAACUUCAGGCGAAGAUGAAGGGUUUCAGCUUGGUUUAUUAUUUUUGUCCAUUCCCUUCCUGUCCCCCACAGUUGAUGUCUGCCUUCAAAAAAUUUUGAUGAGACAAAAAUAAUGUGAGACAGUCUCGGUACUUGGGAAAAGCUGAAGGGCUGUCUGGAGAGACAGGCCGUGAACAUCAAAAGUCAGACUAUUCAUACGGCCCUCAACUCCUCCGAGUCUUAGCCCGUACUCCUGAACUUUUCAAAAUACUACAUUUCUGACCUGAUCAUAGGUGAAAAUGGCGAUCCCAAAGCCUUCUUAAUAGAGAUUUCCUGGACAGAAACAUAUCCCCAAACACCUCCAAUUAUAUCUAUGAACGCUUUUUUUAACAACACCAUAUCAUCAGCUGUAAAGCAGAGCAUAUUAGCCAAGUUACAGGAAGCAGUGGAAAUUCAUCUCGGGACCGCCAUGACCUACACAUUGUUUGAAUAUGCCAAGGACAAUAAAGAGCAGUUCAUGGAGAAUCACCACCCCAUUAAUUCGACGAUACCCAUAAGCAGUAUCAUCUCCGUUGAAACUCCUAAUACAGCCCCAUCAAGUAAGAAAAAAGACAAAAAAGAACAACUUUCAAAAGCUCAGAAACGUAAGCUGGCAGAUAAAACAGAUCACAAAGGACAGCUUCCCCGAGGAUGGAACUGGGUUGACGUGGUGAAGCAUUUAAGCAAAACUGGCUCUAAAGAUGAUGAAUAGUGCUUGGAAUUGGAGACCAAGGAAGAGCGUCCUUUAAAAAGUAAACUGGGUUCGGGUUCAAAAUCCUUCGUUACUCUUUUCUGGUAUUGAGGUGGCUUUUUAUAAAAACAGAAUUUUUUUUUUUUUGUAUGUUUCUUACGUGAAGAAAUGUUUUAACCUGAAAGUUCGUGAAGAGAUCUGGUUGUAUGAAAUUAUUUUCACAAACUUGCCUUAAUAAAAGGUGAAAUGUUACCGUUUCGUAUACCUUAUAAAGAUGGUUGAGCUUCGUAAAUGGACAAAAUGGGAAAUAAGUAAUCAAGGUGAAUUUAUAUGAUCUUAUUCUAGUGGCUAUGAUGUUUUUUAGAGGAGGCAGCAGCCCCUUGGAAACUCUCAGCCCGGUGGGGCAGAAUGCCGAGUCCACGGUGUUUCUGCAGCAUGGUCCUUACCAGUAGACUUCUCGUCUUCACAGUGUCUUUAUCUCUUCUUUCUCUUAGUUACUGAAGCACAAAUGGCUUUAGGGAAAUUGAAAUACUAGCAUUUGAACGUUACACAUAAUAUUCUUGGUAGUUUCUUCUUAUUUCUCAAGGGUGCACUGCUUCCUUUUAGUAAAUGAGCCUCUGUUUUACGCUUUUCUCUUGGUUUGGGUCCUGAUGUUUGACCGUGAGAGUUCUCAGUGGUGUGUGGAAUAGGAGAAUAUACAAAUAAAUCUGCCAAAUACACUCGAAAGCAUUUGACUAGAAGUGCUGGUUCCCAUUUGAAACGUCUCUCUUUGCUGCAUAUGCCAGGACGGAAGUAAAAAUGCCUUACUAGUUAAUUUUUGUAUUGUCGGAGACGAUGGUUUUAAUAAAUUCCUAUUUAUCUGCGACUGUGUGUUUCUAGUUGUCUGGUAACUGAGGUCUUCGAAGUGGUCUUAAAGCCACAUUUCAAGUCUUGUUUCCCUUCAAGUAUCUACAUGGAAUUCUCGGCCUGAGCAUCUUUAUCAUAAGAGACAUAGAAGUCUUUCAAAUGCUGUAUCAUAGUUCAUGCUUGAUUGUUUUCAAAACCCCGAAUAGGGAAACUAUUAGUAUAGCAUAAGCAGGAAGUUACUGAUGUGUGUGUGUGUGUGUGUGUGUGUGUGUGAUUUCCAGUGACUGCAUUUGCUCCCCGGCUUUAAAACCCUGAGAACUGCUGCUGUAUUGUCUGGAAUGGUAGACUGUCGGUUCCUUAAGUUAUACCCGUGCAGCUUGGGUCUGAGUUUUUAACGAAUAAUUAACUUUUAAAGAUGUGUCUUCAGCAUAAGAGCAGUUUGAGUUGUAUCCCCGGCUUUCCCCGGGUUAAUAUUAGGCUCUGUUCAAUCGUUUGAAUUACAAAGUAAAUACUGUGCAAUCAUGGUGAAGGAGUGUAAUCUGAUUUUCAAAAGCUGAAUCACAUUUCAUAUCUUGAAGUCAUGUAAUGGAAACAGUAAAAUUCGAGACCACUGGCAAGACCACUGGAACAUGCCAUCUUUUGGGGGGCUUGCGUGCGUGGUUUUGGUUGUGUUGAUUUGUUGGCUUCUUUUUAAAGAAACUGAAACAGCUAUAUCCGCCAGUGGGACGAACUGUGUUUUGCUCUGAAGACCGUGACAUCGUUCAGGCUCACAUUGUGGCUCCUAGAUGACAAAGAAUAAUGCUAGUUAAAUGCCAAUGAACUAUUUUUACUCUUUUUAUAUGAACUGUACAAAUUUGGGGGGUGAUGGUGGCAGUGGUGCCUCUAACUACCUUCUGUGAAACACUUGAACUUUCUCAUCUGUAUUGCCAUCAUCUGUUUGACACCCCAGUAUAUUUUCUCAAAGUCUGUUCACCUGAAACUGUAUGGAAUGACAUAAUUGAUAAGCAAUAAAACCUGAACUACACGCUCA